GCCACCGACUCAUUUUGAGAAAAAUUGGUGACCAAGCUUGGGAUUUUCUCUUUCUUUUCUUGUUCUUGAACCCAGAAAUCCCCCCCCCCUCUGCUGGAAAUUCCAGAUCUGCUCUGUUCCGUCCCCUGCAGCCGACCGAAGCUCCCUAGCCACCGCCAUCCAUUUCCGGCCGGGAACACCGACAAAGCUUGGGGUUUCUCCUUCUUUUCUUGCUCUAGAACACAAAUUGAACCCAGAAAUUCUCCCCCCCUGCUGGAAAAUCCGGAUCUGCUUUGCUCUGUCCGCCGGCUGCUCUUGUUGUGGGGGCAAAUUGCUUGGGUUUUGGAUUUCCCGUGAGCCCGUGAGCUUUCUUUUUCUAUGCCGCCGGCCUUCCCCCUAUCUGCAGCUCCGGUUUUAGCUGGAGAAUUAUGAAAAUUUGGGGAUAAUUCCGGUAGCUUUAGGAUGAAGUUUAAGUAUUAAUUCAAGUGAGAUUUAUAUGAUUGAGUGUUAAUUGUCUGCUGUGUGAUUUUUGGAGAAAAUCCCGUGAAUUAGCUAGUGUUUUGGCCAAUUUUUGGGAGUUGGAGUUACUGUUUACGGGGUACUGUUCACAGAACACUGUUCACACACAGAUGGCCAACGAUUAACGGGGAUUUAAAGGUUUAGUUGUGAUAUAAGAAUAAAUUUGGAGAUGUCCGGUUAUGUGGAGAUUGAUAGAAAUGGCAUUGGGAUUAGGAGUGAUUUUAAUGAUGAUUUCAGUUUGAAUUUGUGAUAGUCCGGUAUUAAUUCUGAGGUGUUCUGAUUAGGUUCCCGAUUGUUCUGUCAGUUAGCACUGAGAUUGAGUGCUCGGUUUUAUGCGAGUGAGGUAUGUAAAUCAUGGUAAAGCCCUCCAAUUUUAAAGCAUGUUUUAAACUGUUUUUGAGAUGGUGGCAAGGUUUAAAUUGAUUUUAAAUUGAUUUUAUCAGCAUCUGAAUGUGAUUAAACUGAAAUGGAAAUUGUGAUGGUUUUUAUGAGAAUUUCAUUGUUUUCUAGAAGUGAGCAUGAUUGGAAUGAAAAAGUGAGAAUUUCAUUGUUUUUCUGGAGUUAUUGUGCCGAGCAUGAUUGGUUUGAAAUUGAGUGGAGCAUGCCUAUUUGGAACUGACUGAACUGUUUUGAUUAACUGAGAGUUUUGUAAAUUAUGAUUUUUUGUUAAAUCCAUGCCCACAUGGAAUGUUCUGGUUAUUUCUGAAAUUAUGGAUUUCGAUCGUGAAUUUGGGACUUCGAUUGUGAAUUACGGAUUUUGAUUGUGAAUCCUGCAUGGUUUUGUCUAUGAUAUAGUCAUGAUUUCCGAUCCCCGCUAGUGGGUGUGUAGCACAUCCGAUCCCCGCUAGUGGGUGUAACGCUAGCACUUCCGAUCCCCGCUAGUGGGUGUGUAGCACAUCCGAUCCCCGCUAGUGGGUGUAACGCUAGCACUUCCGAUCCCCACUAGUGGGUGUAACGCUAGCACAUGUUGACAUGUUUACUGAUAUGACCGGUUCAUUCUGAUGCCUGCCUCUGGGCGAAUACAUUGGCAAAUUUCUGUCGCCUGCCAGUGGGUUGUUAUAACACUGGCCAUGACUUAUAGAUGAGACUACUGAUGAGAUUUAUUCUG